AUGGCUAAUAACAACAACAUCCCCCCACACUAUCCUGCAAUGCCCGAUCCCAACGACCCAGGUGGAUCAUUCCGGCGACUCGAUCCUUUGAAAUCUGAAUCGGUUCCGAUACAGUUUUCGCCGAUUCCAGCAAGUUCCGGCAGGUUCCUUCCCGACGGAUUCCGGCGGCAAGGAAAUGGUCGGAAAACGAACCUAACCGGCCGGAACCGACCGCGCUAUAAUAACAUGGGGAACUCCCCCCCCCCGGCUUACCGCCGUCGCUCCACCACCACCACAAGCACCACCGGCACCGGCUCCCACACAACCACCUCCAAUUCGUCCCCACCAAACGAUUACCAUUGCCUUGACAACGGGCACAUUGAGAAGAAUAUAAAGAAUGAGACGCGAAGCGGACAACAUUUUUUCAUACUCUAUCGCGUUCGAUUGACGAUUUUUUCUCUUUUGGAACCCCAACAACAACCCGCUCGUUCUCCAGCUGAACAACAUCCUCCUCAACAUCCAACAGCAGCUAAACGUCCUCAGCCAACGCGUCUUUCAAAUAAUCAGAAAGGAAAGCAAGCCAUUGAUCUCUUUCGACAAAAAUCCAUCGAACCGAAUGAAUAUACGUAUACCAUUCUCUUCAAAAUUUGUUCCGGAUUAUCUGAUCAAAAAUCAAUGGAUUUCGGCAAAGAUUUACUCAAAACUCUUCCGAAUCAAUAUCGAAAUCAUACGAUUAUUCUUAAUUCCGCUUUACAUAUGUUAAUGCAACAUGGGGAAGUCGAUUUAGCUGAAAAAUGUUUCUCCCAAAUGGCCAAAGAUGCAACCAGCUAUGGAGUUAUGAUGUCAGGUAAGACAAAGCUUAGCGACGUCGAAAGCUAA